AUGGCCGCAGGGAUUCUUAGCUGGGACCUUUUCUCGACCUGCACGCGUGAAGCUACCGAUGAGUUGCGGCAGGAGCUGAGGGAGCUAAGAGGCCUGAAAGCGGCCUUGCAACAAGACCGGCGAGAGGUUCGAAGGCUUACAAAGGCUUUGACAAAGGCCUUGCUCAGGCGCCCGCGGCUUGCCGAAGUAGCUGUUCGCUUUCCAAGGGCAGGGUCAAAUUUGGCAGGGAAAGCAAACUCCAAGGGAAGGAGCAUCACCACCAGUACGUUGAGCUAUGGAUGCACUCCGACCCCGGAACCCGUCUCCCCGCGGAGCAUCGACGUGGCUGUUGCAGAAAAUAUCCAAGCAGAGCCAGACGGUGAACAGAGCCCGACACGCCAUCGCGGCCGCGUGGAGGAGUCCGGCGGAAGAGAAGAAGACCAGGCCUCCGACCGGAGGGCCCGUCCAGGAGAUGUUCGCGGCGACGGUGGUGACCGCGACAAGGAUCCCCAAAGCGAUCAUGAUCGUGACGCUGCUCGCCGCCACAGUGAUCGUAUGCACGAUGUCACACCGCUCAACUCGAGUGGUUCUACGGAGCCAGGCUGCCGGCGGGGGCUAGGAAUGGAUUCUGCACGCAUCAGCUGCGCCGUCAUCCUGCUGAUCGUGAGCAGUAUGGUCCUGCUGGCCGCGGAGGCAGACUCCUGCGCGCGCUACGGCCUGCACGAUGUUCCCGACUUCUUUGUGUGGGCGAAUCUUGUCGUGUUCCUUGUCUUCACCCUUGAGAUGGUUUUCAGGCUGCGCAGAUCUCCACGCCCAGACGUGCUCUUGGUCUCGGACCUGGUGGUGAUCUGCAUGCAGGGAGUUGAUGUCGGCGUCUCCAUGGUAGCGCGGCUCGCAGCUGGGAGUGAGGUUCAUGCCACGGCCUACUUGCGCAUCGCCCAGUACCUGCGCUGGUUUCGCAUCGUGCGCUGCCUGCGCUUCAUCCCCGCCUUCGCAAGCAUGAAGGUUCAGAUGGAUCUCAUCAAAGGGGCGGUGGUGCCCCUCGUUUCGGCAGUGUUCGUGCUGUUGUUCUCGAUCUCCACUGUUGCCACUUUGGUAACGGCCGUGGUUGCAGACGCAUGUAGGCAGCAGGACCCUGACGUGGUCGGAUCCUGCGGGGAGCACUUUGUGUCGAUUUGGGAGAGCAUGUACAACGUCUUCAUGGGGACCUUCGGAGGCCUUGACUUUGACGACCUCGUGAGGCCGAUCCGAUCCGUCAGUCCCCUCGCCUGCUUCAUCAUCUGUGCCUACAUGACUCUGAUCUACUUAAUGAUGAUGACGGUGUUGACGGCCCACCUGUGUCAAAAAGCCGUGGAGACAGCCAGCGCAGAUCAAGUGGAAGGGCGGCUUAAACGACUCUUUCGCGAGAUAACGGAUGGGAGAAAUCGGAUCAGCCUGGACAGGUUCACAGAGGCCCUGAAAGAUCGCAGGAUCAAAGAGCUGUUCGAGCAGCUUGACAUUUCGACGGAGGAUGUCCGCAAGCGAGCUCGCCGUCUCUUUAAGCUCAUCGACGAGAAUCAGGACAAGGAUGUGGAGGAGAGAGAGUUUAUCCAUGGCAUCAUGCGGCUGCGGGGUCCGGCGAAGAAUCUGAAGCUUUGGGAAGUGCAGUGGGAGAUGCAGAGUGAACUGUCUCGGAUUCGGCAUGACCAAAGCCAGAUCCGGCAUGAACAAAGCGAGACCCGUAAGAUCUUGGAAAGAGAGUUCCGUAAGGUGUUGGAAAGAUCUUGA